AUGAUAAAGCUUGACGCUAAGUUGCGCAAACUACAAGAAAAUCAACGUGGACUCGCAAAAAUGAUAGUGAUGAAUAAGGGAAGAAAAGGAAAAUCAACUAAAGAUCUUCCACCCAGCACCACGCAUUCGACUCCUUUACGACGCAGUACACGCAUUCGACGAGCUCCUGAAAGAUAUGGUUUAACUAUGAAGCCGCCUGCAACCUCCAAUGGGAUCCCUAAUGCAAAAGGUCCAGCCGCCACUCGCAACGGAAGUUC